AUGGAAGAGUUUGUUAUGGAGGAAAAAUUGAUUAGUUAUUCUAACAAAGAUGCAACUCAUGUUGUCAAAGGAAAACGCACAAAGAGGUUAAGACUUUUAUCUCCUUGCGGUGUUGUUUCUACUGCAUCGAGCUGUUCGAGUGGUGAGAGCAAUACUGAUGUUGAGGACGAUGAAGAAGAUAUGGCUAAUUGUUUGAUUCUUCUUGCUCAAGGAGGAAAUCAUGGCGGUGGUGGUGAUUACAAAAGAGAAAAGGGUAGUAAUGGAAAUAAAAAAAUUGAUGAGAUUGUAACUGCCACUUUGAGUAACACAAAAGGUGGUUUGUAUAUUUAUGAAUGCAAAACAUGUAACAGAACUUUUCCUUCUUUUCAAGCUUUGGGCGGUCACAGGGCAAGUCACAAAAAGCCUAAACUUAUGGCUGAUAUGAAAAAACCACCGCUGUCGCCUUUGUCACAACCACAAACUUCAUCACAAGAUUUGCAGUCGGUUAAAUUACUGACUGCGAACUGUGAUGAGUUUGAAGUAGUAGCUGAGAAGCCCCGUGGACCAACUAUUUCUUUUCAAAUGGAGAAUCCAAGUUUGAAAGCUAUUAAUGGAAACAAAGCAAAGAUUCAUGAGUGUUCCAUUUGCGGAUCAGAAUUCACAUCAGGGCAAGCAUUGGGUGGACAUAUGAGGAGACAUCGGACAUCUCCGGCAAACGGUGGUGCUGUUGCGGUCGUCGACGGUGGAGUUCGGUCACGGAAUAUUUUACAAUUGGAUCUUAACCUUCCGGCACCGGAGGAGGAUAUCCGGGAAGCAAAGUUUCAGUUUCCGACACAAAAAUCUAUGGUGAUGUCCGCUGCUCCGGCUUUGGUGGAUUGUCAUUAUUAG